AUGCAUCAACUUCAUACACUUAGAUUAAGCAUGGUACAAGGAGAGUAUGGAUAUAUUCCCAUUGGAUUUGAACUGAUUAUGCAAAAUGAAUACAGUUCAAAAGGUACGGCCAGUACAUUAAAUAAUAAUUAUGUAUAUUUGCCAAAAUUGCGUAUUUGGACAACUAUACAAUCCAUUGUCAAGUUUUUGAGAGAUAACCAUAUCGAUGAGAAUAGAUUAGAUAGUUAUCGUGAUGGGGAUGCCGAUAUGAUUAGUGUUGAUUUGAGUGAUCAAGAAUACAUUGAGUACUUGUAUCAAACAGAAAAUGUGUUUCGUGAUUUUUUAAAUACUCGUGAAUUAACUUCAUUGCAUGAUUUGGAAUUACAGAGGUUAUUGAAAAAGGAAUCAACUAAACAUUUAUAUGUAAAGGAGAGUAUGGGGUUUUUUGGAUUGGGGUCUGUCAAAUCUAUGAGCACUGAGGUGAGUAGAUCACCCUUAUAUAUGGAUUAUUUUGUUAAUCACACAAGGUACAUGCAAGGUCGCUACAGUUUUGAAGGCGAAUCACAGAGGUUGCUGCGUAUGAUCAAAGAACAUGAAACGAACUGGCAAAAGGCAAAAGAGGAAAAAGAGAGGAAGAUAAUAGAGGAGGAGAAAAAGAAAGCCGAAGAGGAAGAGGGGCGUAAAAAGGAAGCAGCUGAGAAAGCCCGUGAAGAAGAGCAGAAGAAGGCUGCAGCUAGGUUGAAGGAAAUUGGACAGGGAAAAGCUAAUGUUGACGAAGCUAAGAAAUUGGCUGAUGAAGAGACAAAGAGGGCUGAGCAAUAG